UUCAGAGGAAACUUUUAAAGAGGAAGUGUUUUUCCAGACUGAGGCUGACAGCUUCCCAAGAAAACACAAAAUGUCUCCUGAAUCAAAAAAACUUUUCAACAUACUUAUUUUGGGAGUCUCGUUUAUGUUUAUAUUUACUGCUUUCCAAACAUGUGGAAAUAUUGCGCAAACGGUUAUCACAAAUUUAAACAACACAGAUUUUCAUGGCAGUGGCUAUACAAGCAUGUCCGUUAUUUAUGGAGUAUUCUCUGCAUCAAAUCUUAUUUCACCUUCAAUAGUUGCAAUAAUAGGACCUCAACUCUCCAUGGUCAUUAGUGGCGUAUUUUAUAGCUUAUACAUUGCAGUUUUUAUCCAGCCUUCUACAUGGGCUUUCUACACUGCUUCUGUUUUUAUUGGCGUUGCAGCUGCUGUACUAUGGACGGCACAGGGAAAUUGCUUGACUGUAAAUUCGGAUGAAAACACCAUUGGAAGGAACAGUGGAAUAUUUUGGGCACUCUUACAGUCUAGCCUGUUUUUUGGAAACCUCUACAUAUACUUUGCUUGGCAAGGAAAAACUCACAUAUCAGAGAGUGAUCGUAGAACUGUCUUCAUUGCUCUGACUGUUAUCAGUCUUGUGGGCACGGUUCUGUUCUUUCUGAUUAGGAGACAAGAGGACACAAAAACUCCAGGGGAGGAAGAUUCUGCUAAUGAAAUCCAGGGGGACAGCUUGUCUUCCCAAAGCAAAAUGAUGAGAGCAGUGGCUGCCUUUAAGAAAUCUAUUAAGCUGAGUUUUACUAAAGAGAUUCUACUUCUCAGUGUUACAACAGCCUAUACAGGUUUGGAAUUAACUUUCUUUUCUGGAGUAUAUGGAACAUGCAUUGGUGCUGUGAAUAGGUUUGGUAAUGAAGAGAAGAGCCUUAUUGGUCUCUCUGGUAUUUUUAUUGGUGUUGGAGAGAUUUUAGGUGGAGGAAUCUUUGGUUUAGUGAGCAAGAAUAAUCGCUUUGGCAGGAACCCUGUUGUGAUGCUAGGCAUCAUUGUGCAUUUCAUAGCCUUUUAUUUAAUUUUUUUCAACAUGCCAAGUGAUGCCCCUAUUGCUCCUAUGGAAGGAACAGAUAAUAGUGCUUAUAUGAUUCCAAGCAAAGAGGUGGCCAUUUUCUGCAGCUUUCUGUUGGGCCUGGGAGACAGCUGCUUUAACACGCAACUCCUCAGUAUUUUGGGAUUCCUUUACUCGGAAGACAGUGCUCCUGCCUUUGCCAUCUUUAAGUUUGUUCAGUCCAUCUGUGCUGCAGUUGCAUAUUUCUACAGCAACUACUUCCUUCUGCAGUGGCAACUCCUGAUCAUGGUGGUUGUGGGGUUCUUUGGAACGAUUACCUUCUUCACAGUGGAGUGGGAAGCAGCAGCCUUUGUUGCCCGUGGAUCUGACUACAGCAGCAUUUGAUAUAGAUGCCAUGCCUAGUCCAAUGUAAGGAAAAAGCACAGGCACGUUUACUGUGAAGUGAGAAGGUGAAAAGAUCGAUCAAGUUGCAGUGGCUAAGAUGAAGGAAGCCACUGCUAAAUCACUGUCAGUCUAACUGAUGGGGACUGUGAUAAUGAAACAUGGGGAAGAAUGCCAAAAUGGAAAGGUUUUUUUUUGUUUUUCCUUGCUUUAAUCAACCGAGCUUGAGAUGCAGGUUCUCAAAAGUCAGGUAUUAGAAAUGGGAGGAAAGAGAGAUCUGUGCAUUGAACAAUUUUGUUCUGAGACAUCCCUUUCUGAAUGUGUAAUUGCCUAAUUUCCUGUGCACUAUCGUGCGCUGCAGAAAAUACAGUUUUGUUCCUCUCACCUAAAUUAUUUUAUCCGGACUCUUGUUCUGCAGACACUUAAAUUCCUCUGUUGAAUGAGCGAUGUUUUUAUAAGGUACGUUAUGUUGCAGUGUGUCUGCAUGACCGAAAAAUCAAUUCAUGCCAUUGACUUUUUCAGCAAUUAGAUAUACAGAAGUAUUUCUGUGGAAGAUGAUGUCGUCUUAUUCGAUAUUAUAAUCCAAUUUCUUGAUUCCCAAACAUUUGUUUGUUAAUCUAUUUCAUGUUUUAAAAUUUUAUCAGAUACAUUUUUUUAAGAGCAAGUGAAUCUUCUGUAGUGCGAGGUAAAAGAUUUUUACAAGAAAUUGAGCAAAUACCCUUGUACUUGUCCUUUUUAAGGACGUGAUCCUGAGAUCUGUGGAGCACUGGCACUUGACAACAGUAUAUCUGUUGGAGUGGAGUGUUCACCAUUUCUCAGGGCCAAACUGCAUUGGGAUAGGUGCUGUAACUUUCUUCAGAGAGUGCUAUAUGAGGGACUGUAAGACAUGAUUUCCCUCCCAAAAUCAUUUGUGCUCCUAAAUAGUUCUGUAGAGUUCACUGAAAUUCUAAUCUGCUAUGAUAAUUUAAUUGCAGAGUGAUGACAGCUUGUGUUAGAUUUACCUGUUAUUAAUGGUAUUCUGUGAUGGGAGCGUUUUCUACGAUACCUUCUUAAAGUAUGAAUAGACUCAGAAUAGGAACUGGAAAAAAUAAUCUUGCGGUGUUUAUCCUACUGCUUAGCCUAAAAAAUACCUGAAAAGGUUGACAUAGGUUGUUGUAUGCAGUAUAUUUUGGGAAGACAUGCUGUAAUCUUAUUCUGCUAAAUGCAAAAACAAGGCUAAUACCGUAGCAGCUGAGGUUUUAAUUCAAAACUGUCAUAGAUGGUCAUAUAAAAUAGGCAGCAAAUGCAACCUACCUUGAUUUUUGUUUAUCUGCUUGACUUUGUAGUACUUGCAGUUAUGUUUCUGUCUUGUUGACAAACAAUGCAACUGAGAGCAGAUAUGAAACACGGAGAAAGAUUUUUAUUUCUUUUUAAGACACCCCAUGUGGCUAUUUUUAGAAGAGUACUGUCUGUCGUCCUUUUUGUGCACGCUCAGAACGUUCAUGUCUUAUUUUUAAAGACAAGGAGGAAAGUUGACUCAGAGUAUGUGUUGGUAGCUCCUGCAUGUCAUAACUACAUAGACAUAGCCAAGGUUAAACUUGAAGAGGGGAGUAUGGUAUCUCCUUGUGACUCUUGCUCUCCCAGGGCACAUAACGCAACUCUCUUGAGGCAAAACCCUGUUCCUGCACUAUAAAACAGCAGAGAAGCAUUCUUUUUGAGGCAGAUAGAAAGGAAUUUUGAAUUCACUCAAGGGUUUUUGCUGUGAGGCGGGUAAGGUGUUAUUGGGAAAAUUAGUGGGCACCUGAGCAGUUGGCAAGCAAAGAAAUUAGUGAGCAGAGUCAGGAAAGCCUUUCUGUAUUCCAUGAGGUUCAAUAAGUGAUAUAAAAGAGAACGAGGCAGAAGAGAACACAGAUCAAGAGGGAGGUUACUGCAGCCAUUCUCAUUUGCCAGGCAAACUGAAAAAGCAGUGUUUAUGGUUUUCAAUCAAUAUAUAUAGUUAAUGUGACUGCCUGCACUUUAAUGUCUCUUAAACAGUCCUGUAAUUUGAAACAUACUAUUUUUAUAUAUUGUACACUGUAAAAGGUAUAGAUGAUAGGAUGCUUUCAGUGAUUAGAUUUCUCUUGUUGGAUACUUACUGAUACCUUCUCUAAAGUACCAAAAGGGAUAAGGAGCUUUUCUUAAGACACGGAAUUACUGACUUUAGUCCUCAAACUAUUCCCCUACCUAUCAAUGAGAGAAGACAGACUGAAAGUCCACAAGGAACAAUUUUGUCUUACAGUACGUAGAAGACAAAAUGAUUCUCAGGUCUUGUGGUGAUGAGCAACUUAUAAAUGCAUUUAAUAUAAUGCAGUUUAAUUUUAGCUUAGCAAUGGCUCUCAUGAGGUUGCUUUUAAAACUGAUCCCUUGUAAUGAACUUCUGUGUUGUUCAUCUGGGAUAUGAGAAUUAUAUAGACUAUUUUAAUAAAAGUUAAAAAAAAAAAAACUUUUCUAAAAGUGCCUAUUUUCAGCAAGAAUUUUGAACUGACUUUCAGGGAUGCUAACGAAAUAGGACUUGUGUAUGUUCAGCACCUCUGAGUCAGAUGUUUUGCCUUUUUUUUUUUUCCUUCUCUCCUCUGUUCUGCUUGUUCUGACCCAAUAUCAAGUAAUGCAAAAGGGCCGUUCAUAACAAUUUAUUGGGUCAUUAAGGUGAACUGUGUCUGCUCUGUGACAAGUUUUACAAGAAAUGCACAAAUUUCUCAAACCUGCCUCUUAGAUAGCCAAUGUUUUUUAACUAUGAACUACGUGAGUAUCGUUUCUAGCACUUGGUCUUUAAAAACAGUAGAAAAUCUGAAUUAUUCAAGCAGGCCGUGACACAUGAUUACUUUUAACUUAGUCAUGUUUCUUUGGUCUAUCAGGAGAUGAAAAAUAUAUCCAGCUACACAGAACAGUCAGGUCAAUCCAUUUUAGUAUAGCAGUAUAAAGAGUGAUAAUGUUGACAUCCAUGUAUGAUUCUCUCUCUUCAUCUUUUUAUCAGCAUAUACAGGCCCUGUGGCUGCACCCCAUUCAUCUCACCUCCCUUGGCAUUUGAUCCAUUUCGCAUUAAUCUGAGUUAGGAGCUUUCUAUGUAUUUCAGUGGGAUCUGGGAAAAGGACUUUGCUGUAUUUGUUGUAUUAUGGUUUUGUUUUAUAUUAGGAAUUUAACUUUAUGAGCAAAAUUGCACAUUAUGUUGUUUAGGUUAAUUUAAAAAAUCCUUCUUUCAUUUGUUUUUCGUUCCUCUUAUCCUUUUAUGUUGUUAGUAAGGUUUAAUAUCCUGACAUAACACAUCCCAAGGUUUUUCAAACAAGUGCUGAAGAGGAAAUGAAAACUGAUAUUCUUGACAUUUUAAGUGCUGAAAGAAGCUGUUACAAAUUAAUCUUUCAUACACGUUUCAUACAUCAUAUGAGCAUAUCUACAUUUGUCUUGGCAGUUGAAUUUCAUUCUGAUAUAAUAUCAAAAUAUAUGCAAAGAGAAAACUUCAAAAUUUCUACAACUGUAGACCUUGGUCAUAAUUAAGUGACAUGCUUUUAUUUUUGUUGUGUUGAUUUUGUUAAGUAUAAUCUUUAUUAGAAAGUUGAGAUCAGGAAGAGACCCACUUAUAAAAUAUGCUUUAUGAAUAAUCUAAUCUUUAUAAAUUUCUGCAGAUAUAGCUAAACCAGUAAGGGCUUAUAAAAAAAUAUAAUUGCAACCUUUACUGUGGUCUCCAUCUUAGAGAUACCCACGUGUGGUGCAGUUAUUAAAAGCAAGAAAGUAUUCUACUGGUAUAGUUCCUUUUUUUUUUUUUUUGUAGCUGGUCUAAAUUAUACUGGAAAGAGAACUUCCUGGUGGAGUUUGUUGGUAUAACUUUAUGAAAAAAUAAUUUUUGUUUUGAAAACUGUAAAUUCAGGACCCUGUGUCAGUUGACAAAAUUGACAAAGUUCGAUUUGACUUUCUUUGAACUCCAGUAGUUUACUUUAGGUGGGGAGUGUGGUUCUUUGGCUACCAUCAUGCCUGAAUGCCAGUAAUUAAUGUUGCAGAGGUUGCCUAAGAGCUUAUCUCUGAAAAGUAGGCGGUGCAUGAGGAGAAUCUCAAAGACCGUGUUUUCUAGGGCAGUGUGUAGUUGUUUGCCGUCAGUAUAAAUAAGAACCAUUAUGUUCAACUUGUCAAUGGACACAAUAUUCAAAUUUGUGACUCUGUGCAAGUAUAUGACUUAAUAUAGGACUUUGAGGUCAUGACUGAGGUUUUCUAGCAAAAUGUAUUUUCUAAGAUUUCAUCCAUGCCAUUGUUUUUUCUGGAAGUCUGGUAGCCUCACUUAAGCUAAUUGUAUGUGAGCACUAGUUAAUACCAUGUUUUCCAUGUUCUCCAUUAGGUUUUCUAACAAGCUGGCAGAAAUACAAAAAAUGACAGAAUUUAAAGAUGGAGAUGGAGUCGAGAAGUUAACUGCUUAACAAGACACUUGACAUUCUGAUAUGACCACAUUGGUUGAGAAGCAGUGCUGAAUUCUUUUACUUGCUGUGGUUUCCAUGGUUAAAUUCAGAAGGAUGUUUGAUUAAUUUAACUUCAGAAACCGCGUUAGUGCCACAGAGAAAGCACUAAUGAGCAGAGAGUGGAAGAAACAUCCUUAGAGUGCAAUACAGAGCCAAUUUGGAACUGGGCAGAGUAUUUCUCAGCAGGCAAAUGAAGGAAGUGCUUUGUUCAGUUGCGUUUAGGCAUUUAGCUGCUGCUGUCAUUGACUCAAUUUUGGUUUCAUAUUUUCCCUGCUGUCUUAGUUAUUAUUUCAACUGUUGACGGGUCCUCUUCCAAGCUAUCCUUUCUCUUUUGUUUACAUCUUGGUGUUGUGCAGAAGUCUAAUUUAAAUUGGUUUAAACCUUUUCUACAUUAAUAAAAGAUGGUUUUGGGGUUAGAACCGGUGAUACUUUGAGAACAGACUUGCAAAAUUAUUAUCCUAAUGAGAGUACUGAUUUCAAGUGAGUGUACAGAGUGAAAACAGACUCUUUACUAUAUUACUUUCUGUUGUCCCAGCCAUGCAAAUAAAAGUGAAUCACAGCCAGUGUUUUUGCUAAUAUGC